AAAUGGACUCACUGUAUUGGUGCACGGGUGUGGGGCGUGUCUCAUGGGUGUGGUAGAUGAUAAAUGUGGUUGCACUCACCUGUUCACAGCACCUGAUGUUGAUGAGCAGAAAGAUGUCAUGGCGUCCGACGUACCGAAGCUCCAAGUUUCGAAAUGUCUAUGGAAAAGUAGCCAACCGGGAGCACUGCUUCGACGGUAUCCCCAUCACCAAGAAUGUCCAUGACAACCACUUCUGUGCCGUCAACUCCAAGUUCCUGGCAGUCGUCACAGAGAGUGCCGGCGGAGGCUCUUUCAUUGUUAUACCUGUAUCCCAGUCUGGCCGCCUGGACUCUCAUCACCCGAAAGUGUGCGGCCACAAUGGCAACGUGCUGGAUAUCAAGUGGAACCCUUUCUGUGAAAACAUCAUAGCGUCCUGCUCCGAGGACACUUCAGUGCGAGUAUGGGAGAUCCCAGAGGGCGGCCUGAGGCGCAACAUGAUGGAAGCAGUGCUGGAGCUGUACGGUCACAGCAGACGGGUGGGUCUGAUCGAGUGGCACCCCACCAGCAGCGGCAUCCUCUUCAGUGCAGGCUACGACUACAAGAUCCUCAUCUGGAACCUGGAGAUAGGCGAGCCGGUGAAAAUGAUCGACUGCCACACUGACGUCAUCCUCAGCAUGUCUUUCAAUACAGACGGCAGUCUGCUGGCCACCAGCUGCAAAGACAAGAAGCUGCGUGUCAUUGAGCCACGCUCCGGGAGAGUCCUUCAGCAAGCCAGCUGCAAGAACCACCGCGUAAACAGAGUUGUGUUCUUGGGCAAUAUGAAGCGGCUGCUCACCACAGGGGUUUCUCGCUGGAACACUCGGCAGAUCGCUCUCUGGGAUCAGGAGGAUUUGUCCAUGCCGAUGGUGGAGGAGGACAUAGACGGGCUCUCAGGACUGUUGUUUCCCUUCUAUGAUGCUGACACACACAUGUUGUAUCUGGCAGGCAAGGGGGACGGCAACAUCCGUUACUUUGAAAUCACCACAGAGAAGCCGUACAUCCAGUACCUAAUGGAGUUCCGAUCCCCUGCCCCACAGAAAGGACUAGGUGUGAUGCCAAAGCACGGGAUGGAUGUGGCAGCUUGCGAGGUGUACCGCUUCUACAAACUGGUCACCCUCAAGGGUUUGAUUGAGCCCGUUUCCAUGAUUGUGCCAAGAAGGUCAGACACGUACCAGGAGGACAUCUACCCCAUGACGGCAGGAACAGAACCGGCCCUGUCGGCCAGCGAGUGGCUGAGCGGAAUUGAUAGAGGUAAGCAACCCGUCAGAGACGCACUUGUCUGGCUUGUUAAACAGCAUUUUAAUAGGGGAGCGGCAUCUUAUUCAUUUGCUGCAACUGAUUUCCAUGAUGACUUGCAUCUCCUGCGGAUGUUCUUCCGGCAGCAGGAUGAGCUGCGGCGGCUGAAGGAGGAACUGACCACCAAGGACGUCCGAAUACGCCAGCUGGAACUCGAGCUCAACAACCUGAAGAACGUUAGCCCCAACAACGCCUGACCUCUUAGACUCCUGGACUGGCAAAGCCUCGCUUCCUUUGCCCCCCCCACUUCUGACCUCCAACAACCUUCUGAGCCCUUCGCCCUGCUUUUUUGAUAUAUUUCAUUAUAUCAUAACUUCAUUCUUCCUGCUGUUCCACGUAGUGCACACAAUAACAUGGUAACCAUUGGAUAAUGUUAACUGAUCCAAAUACUGCAAUAUUGUAGUAGUGACAAAUACAAGUAAUGAGGCAUGACAGAUCAGGGAUUGCUACUUAAGCAUUAAAUCGCUGAUAUAGAAUGCAGAGAAUUUUGGUAUUUUCAGUUUUUAUAAAUGUAAAUGAUUGAUCUAGCAGUGUUAUUCCACGCCGCCUAGGUAUUCGUCUCACUUUGCCUACCCUCUUGUCCAUGUGGCAAUGCCUUGAUCACCAUGCAAAAAAAAAAAGUCCUGUACUGACCAAACCACCUCCGAAUUGUAAUUUUUAUGUUGAGGUUAAAACUGGAGAAGACUAUUACUGCUCCUAUUUUUCUUCCCCAAGGCCUUAGACCCUGCUGCAGACCCAGUUUGCAGCGAGCUGCAACAUUAUCUCAAAAUGGCGGACGAGGAGAGCUUUGCAGACAUGGACCAUGUUUUUCCCACCGGGCUGCUUAUCCCAUUACCUACAAACAGUGGCUAGAGAUUUACUUUGUCACACUGACACUUAGCUACUCCAGACAGUCUUUCCCCAAGGACAGCACAUAGUUCACUUUGUUCAGGUAUCUCUUUAUUUAAACAAUGGGGACGCAGCUGAGGAGACAUGGAUCCGAGGGAAGCUUUGCUGGCUGUUACUGGUUUUUAGGGCUAAUUUUGAUGAUGGGGUAAUGUAUAUUUGCUUUUUAUUUAUUAUUUGUCACAUCUUACCUUUUUAGCUAAUAACAUGUAUAUUUCUUAAUCCCUUUGUUUUUGUAUGACACACUGCGCAAGUAAUGAUUGUGAUGCUUGAUAGAUUUUGCUGAAUGUUUCCGGUGGAAAUGGUGCAAGACUUGUGUGACACAGCACCUUAAAAAGGUAUUUCUUCUUAGCUCUUUGUCUCCAACAACGUAACUUCAGAUAAGUUAUGAAGCUAUAUAAUUUCCUACUUUUAAAAGUGCAAACUGGAAUAAUAACCAACCAUUUGACAUUUAAACCAAGUAUAUUACUAUUACUGAGAAAUGUUUGUCUGUAGCCGUGUAAUUUUUGCUUUCAAGACGUCAGGUGACGUGCCUCUCCUCCACCCGUGCCGACAACACAUACAGGAGAAAUUUGCGCUGCCUCGGUUUUACCCUCAGACCUUGUUUUCAUUCAGCUUUACAUUUGAGAGCGUUCGAAUUUAAUUGGCACUAUUUUAAGAGCCGAGCUCGAGAAAUUCCACUGCAUGCAUGACAAGGAUGGAAAUGGUAAGUUAACAGCGAGUUACGGACUAAAGGUCACAAGUCUUUCCUCAUAACAUCAUCGCAGGCACAUAAAGGGCCAAAGCUUCAUAGCUUUAGCUAGAGAAGAUGAGCCCUUACAAUGAAGACUUGAACAAUGGUAAAUAUCUGCGUUAAAUAAAAGGCUACAGUGAAAGUAGACAGAUCGAGGAGCUGCAGUGACAGACAGGAGACAUGUCGAGUAACUUUAGUCAUGACAUUUUUGACCAAACAGUUACUGCUGCAGACUCAAAGUAAACCCCAACUUAGAUUUGCUUAGUGUGGUAGCAGUGUACUGUAGGUGUAUACGAGUUCAGUAUUGUGAAAAGAAAAAGGCAUUCUGUAAAUUCUUUUCUUGAUUUUCCAUGUAGAUGAUCAAAAAUGACAACUGUCAUCACUCCCUGGAAUUCUGUAUACACUUUUUUUUU